UUCUUUAAAGGGGCAAAGUCUUUCAGUUUCAUCUCUAUCCUAAACCAAACCCUCUUUCUCUUCUUCUUCAUCUUUGUUCUUCCGCUGUUGUAGCUGUAUCUUCUUCUGAAUCUAUCAAUAUCUAAUGAUUUGAUCGUUUCAAUCAUUCUGCCGUGUUUGACCGUGCAACUGCUUCAAUUCGCGGUUUGAUCGACGGACGACACGGCCACUACCCACCACCACCGCCGCCAUGGAUAGGAACGGAGGAUCCGAUGGAUCUUGUCAUUACGCAGUUCUCGGGAUUAGAAAGGACGCUUCUCACUCGGACAUUCGUGCUGCUUACCGCAAGCUUGCUCUGAAAUGGCAUCCGGACCGAUUGUCGAAGAAUCCUUCAUUGACUGGGAACGCCAAUCAUCAUCAGCGGUUUCAGAGGAUUCAAGAGGCUUAUUCAGUGUUGUCUGAUGAAAAGAAGAGAUCAAUGUAUGAUUCAGGGACUCUGAAUCUAUUUGAUGAUGAUGAAGAUGAUGAGGGAAUGGGAGAAUUCAUGCAUGAUUUGUUUAAGAUGAUGGAUAACAACAACAGAGUAGCUGCUGCUGCUGCUUGUGCUGCUGGUAGAGGAGGAGGAGGAGGAGAGGUGAGAAAGGAGGAGAGUUUGGAAGAUUUGCAGAGAAGUUUCAUGGAGACAUUUGGUGCAGAUCUAGCUAGCUAUCUAACUGCUCAGGAUCAUCAUCAUCAAUCAAAGACCAGCUCUUCUAGGUCAAGAACCACACCCUAUGAUAGAGCCACCCCAAAACGAACAACCAAUUCAACUUCAACAACCUCAAACUCUAGAGCAGCUAGAUGCUAGCUUAGCUAGGUCUAGGUCUAGGUCCAAUCAAUAAACUCUUCUACCUUACCUUGUUUUAUUUUAUGUGCUUCUUUCUAUACUCUCACUCUUUCUUUCUUUCUUCAUUAUUAUUUUCUUUAUUCUCUUAAAUAUAAUAUAAUCAACAUUACCUUUUUCUUAUUUAAUUCAACUUAUCUUUUCUUCAAUCACCUUUAGUUGCUAAUA